CGUUUACUCGUCGUCCCUCAGUGGCUGCCGGCGUUGGUCGGCUAAAUUAACUAUUAUCUGACGUCUUCUUUUUGACGCAAGUUACCCUUUUUCUCCAUUCAUUAUUUCACAUCCAAUUUCAUCCUCUAGGACUAUCUACUGAUUUCAGACAGGGUUUUCAUUGUUGGAUCCGUCAAAUUCAAGCUAUACAUAUAUAAUGAUGUCAGAGAAUGCUAUCAGAGAUCUUAAUUUUCUACCUAAAUCUGAGAGCUCAAGUAAAGACAUCUUUGCUAAACCAUAUGUUGAGCAUUCUGUUGAAACUGUUGAAAAUAAACAAAGAACAAACAUGGGUUCUUUGGUUCAAUCACCUGUGAAUGGAAAUGAGUUGGGGGUUGCUGAAGUAGAAUACAUUGAAUCUGAGAAAUUGGAUGAUUUAGAAGAUGUUGAUAAGAAUCUAAAGAUGCUUGUACUUGGGUUGGAGUCUAAAGAUUGGGUUCUGAUAUGUGAAACCCUCAACAAUGUUCGACGUUUCUCAAUAUACCACAAGGAAGCAUUACAAGAUAUACUGGAGAGAGUGAUUUCCCUCGUUGUGAAAUCCCUAAAGAAUCCAAGAAGUGCUGUUUGUAAAACUGGCAUUAUGACUUCUGCGGACAUUUUCAAGGCGUUUGGUGACCACAUCAUUGAUUUAUUGGACCCUCUGCUUGUACAACUUCUUCUCAAGUCGUCACAAGACAAGCGGUUUGUAUGUGAGGCUGCUGAAAAGGCGUUGGUAGCUUUGACGACUUGGGUUUCAGCUGUUCUAUUGUUACCAAAAUUGCAACCGUAUCUUAAGAACCGCAAUCCUCGGAUUCGGGCAAAGGCGUCAACAUGCUUUUCUCGUAGUGUGCCACGAUUGGAUGCUGAGGAGAUGAAAGCAUAUGGAAUUGAGAAACUGAUCGAAAUAGGCGCCUCCCAGCUGAGCGAUCAGCUGCCUGAAUCGCGAGAGGCUGCUCGUGCUCUUUUGUUGGACCUGCAGGCUGCAUAUGAAAAUAGUCCUGUUUUGGCACCAGAAUCACAUUCAGAGGUACAUUCAUGGGAGCAGUUUUGUGAACUAAAUCUAUCGAAGUCAAGUGCUCAAGCUGUUCUUCGUGUGACGAGUGUCGGUCGAGAGGGUGUUGUUUCGGUUUCAUAGCACAUACAUAUGAGAUGAAUUUGAAGGUGAUGCUUUUACAUGUAAAAUUGAAUAUGGGAGGGUUCAUUAUUGGUAAAUCGCAGUUUUGUGGGAAGCUUGUGUUCACUUCGUUUGUUUCAUGGUUGCAUUGUUACUUA